UGGAGUUCAAGCAGCUCCAACUGCUUGUGCCUCUUAUUUAGGAUAAAAUUGCAUGCAUUCUCCAAUUGCUUCAUCUUCUCGUUAAUAUCGUCUAUCUCACCUAUUUAUUGUAGUAAGACUAGUUAGAUCUUGUCACAAGAAAAGAGACUUUAGUCAGAUUUUUGAAGAGGAAAUGGAGGUAAAUUAUGGAAACCAUGUUCUGGUUGUUCCUUAUCCAAGUCAAGGACACAUCAAUCCAAUGCUCCAAUUCUCAAAGAGAUUAAUCUCAAAAUAUCUCAAAAUCACCUUAGCCAUAACAGUUCAUGUUGCCAACAAGAUGGAAACUCAAAUCAACUGUCCGGUUAAAGUCGAAAUGAUUUCAGAUGGUCAAGACGAAGGUGGUGUUACGCAAGCAAGUAGUCCACAGGCAUAUCUCGAAAGAUUCGCAAUCGGGGGUUCACAAACCUUGACUGAAAUCAUCCAGAGACAAGGCGAUUUAGGUGAUCCAGUCAGUUGUGUUGUUUAUGAUCCGUUUUUGCCAUGGGCAUUAGAUGUAACCAAGCAAUUCAAUCUUAUGGGAGCUGCCUUCUACACUCAAUCUUGUGCUGUUAGUAGUAUUUACUAUUACGUGCAAAAGGGUAUGAUGAAAUCCCCUGCCACGCUGGGGGAAGUAAUCUCACUUCCAGGGCUGCCACCGUUGGAGUUUUCGGAUCUACCAUCUUUUGUUGCCGGUGUUGGGCCUUUCCCGGCAUUGUUGUCCACUCUUUUGGAGCAGUUCCAUAACUUUGAUAAAGCAGAUUGGGUUCUAUUUAGUUCAUUUGAAAAGUUGGAGGCUGAGUUUGUUUGCUUUUUCACAGGUACUAGAUUGUUUCCAUCAAAGUACUUGGACAAAAGGAUUGAAGAUGAUGAAGAUUAUGGAUUCAACCUAUUUGAGCCGAAAACAGCUUCAUGCAUGAUCUGGCUUAACUCAAAAAAGAACAACUCCGUUGUUUAUGUGUCUUUUGGAAGCCAUUCAGGAGCAAAACAAGAACAAAUGGAAGAAAUUGCGUGGACAUUAUGGGAGUGCGACUACAAUUUUUUGUGGGUAGUGAAAGAAUCUGAAGAAAACAAAAUCCCGUUAGAAUUCCUCGAGAAAGUUUCAACAUCUGACGAAGGAUUGAUGAUAAGAUGGUGUCCACAAUUGGAAGUUUUAUCCCACCCGGCUGUGGGAUGUUUUGCGACGCAUUGUGGGUUCAACUCUACAUUGGAGGCAUUGAGUAUUGGAGUGCCGUUGAUUGGGUUUCCGCAAUGGACUGAUCAGCCAACAAAUGCAAAAUGUAUCGAGGCCAUGUGGGAAGUAGGAAUGAGACCGAAAGUUGAUGAAGAGGGAAUUGCUAGGAAAAUGGAGAUUGAUUUAUGUGUAAGAGAAAUUAUGGGUGGAGGAGAGAAAGGGAAAGAGAUGGGAAGAAAUGCAGUUAAAUGGAAGGAAUUGGCAAAAGAGGCGGUGGAUGAAGGUGGAAGUUCUGAUAAGACUAUUGAGGAAUUUGUAGCUCAAGUUAAAUACUAUUGUAACUAAAUAAUUUAAGUAUAAUCCUAAAAAAUAAUAAUAGUAUUGGAUCGAUAAAAUUGAAUAUAGCUCAAGUUAAAUGUAUUUUGCUUAAAAAAAAUGUAUUAACUAAAUAUAUUUAUCUGUGUGACAACUUACUUAGAGGCGAUUGUAAAUGCGAUUAGUCAGGCGACGCUGAAAAAAUUUCAUCGUUCUAGAUUGAUCUGCUUCUGUUUUUUUUCUUCAAUUUUUUACUUAUAAUCGAUGUUUAUCUGAUUUCUGUGUUAUUAUAAAUCUUUUGAUU